CUUCAUCUUAUCGAUUUCGCUAACAUACGCCGGCGAUGUGCACGUUAGAGAAGCGCGGCGAUCUCUUCAUCCUAACCCUAACGGGGGAAUCCAAGCAAGAUCAGGAGCACCGCUUGAAUCCGGCGCUCAUCUCAUCAAUCCGAUCGGCUCUAGCCGAAGCCAAAUCGCAAGCCGUCAAUGGAUCGGCUCUCGUCACCGUAGCCGAAGGCAGGUUCUUCUCCAACGGCUUCGAUUUGGUCCACGCGCAAGCCGUCGGCGUCAAGGCCGGCUCGUUUGAAGCCGCCAGAUCGGAGCUGCACCGGAUGGUGGAUCUGUUCAGGGGAGUCGUGUCGGAUCUCCUCUCCCUCCCUAUGCCGACCAUCGCCGCCGUCACCGGACACGCGGCGGCGGCGGGGCUGAUCCUUGCCAUGAGUCACGAUUACGUCACGAUGACGUCGUCGAAGGGGGUGAUGUACAUGAGCGAGCUGGAUAUAGGUAUGACCCUGCCCGAUUACUUCAUGGCUUUGAUUCAAGGGAAGCUCGGCUCCCCAGGGGCGCGGCGGGAGCUGGUGCUGCGGGCGGCGAAGGUUAGGGCGGAGGCGGCGAAGGGGAUGGGGAUUGUCGAUUCGGCGCACGAUAGCGCUGAGGAGGCGGUAGAUGCUGCCGUGCGCAUGGCGGAGGAGUUGGGGAAGAGGGGGUGGAAUGGGGAGGCGUACGCCGGGAUUAGGAAGUCUUUGUUCCCGGAGGUUUGUCGGCUGCUUGGUGUGAAAAAUCAAGUGGUUUUGCCUUCUAAAUUUUAAAUAAAUAAAGAAUUAUAAUAAUUAAUAUAAAUAUAUUAUGAAAAUGGUGGGGAUUAGUUGUAUUUUGAUUCCAUUAUUUACAUUUAUUUUCUGUUUAAUUGCUUCUUAGUUUAUGUUAUGGUUAUGAUUUUUUGUAAUCGUAAUGGGAACGGCUAUUUACGUUAUGGUGAUUGUUAUAUUUAUUUAUAAUGAUAUUUGGAUUUAUCA